AUGACCAACCAUGUUGGGAAGGUCAGUGGUGGUGGGAGCAAUGGAAUGAACGGCCAUGUUGGGAAGGUCAGUGGUGGAAAGAUUAAUGGAAUGACCAACCAUGUUGGGAAGGUCAGUGGUGGUGGGAGCAAUGGAAUGAACGGCCAUGUUGGGAAGGUCAGUGGUGGAAAGAUUAAUGGAAUGACCAACCAUGUUGGGAAGGUCAGUGGUGGUGGGAGCAAUGGAAUGAACAACCAUGUUGGGAAGGUCAGUGGUGGUAGGAGAAAUGGAAUGACCAACCAUGUUGGGAAGGUCUGUAGUGGGCUGAUCAACAAUGGCCAUAUUGAGAAGGUCAGUGGUGGAAAGAUCAAUGGAAUGACCAACCAUGUUGGGAAGGUCAGUGGUGGUGGGAGCAAUGGAAUGAACGGCCAUGUUGGGAAGGUCAGUGGUGGUGGGAUUAAUGGAAUGACCAACCAUGUUGGGAAGGUCAGUGGUGGUGGGAGCAAUGGAAUGACCAACCAUGUUGGGAAGGUCAGUGGUGGUGGGAGCAAUGGAAUGAACGGCCAUGUUGGGAAGGUCAGUAGUGGGCUGAACAAUGGCCAUAUUGAGAAGGUCAGUGGUGGAAAGAUCAAUGGAAUGACCAACCAUGUUGGGAAGGUCAGUGGUGGUGGGAGCAAUGGAAUGAACGGCCAUGUUGGGAAGGUCAGUGGUGGAAAGAUUAAUGGAAUGACCAACCAUAUUGGGAAGGUCAGUGGUGGUGGGAGCAAUGGAAUGACCAACCAUGUUGGGAAGGUCAAGGUCGGUGGUGGUGGGAGCAAUGGAGCGUGCGAUCUUGGCGGCCGUUUCCUUGGUAACGUGGUUCUUCUCAGUUGA